AAUACAUCUUAUAGAUGGGUCAAAAAUCUUCAAAAGAUAAACCAUAAGAAUAGUAGAAAAAGCCACAAAAAUAAGUUUAAAUGAAAUAAUAAAGUGUAUAAAAGAAGCCAAACUAAGGGGAUGAGGAUGUAAUCAACUAGUUUUAAUUGUAGAUAUGGAUGUAUGAUUUGAUUUUAUAAUAUUUGGCUUCACCAAUAUGGAGAAAUCCAAUUUCAGAUUUUUUAGAUGAAAAUUGUAUAAUAUUUGAUGAUGAAGAGGAGAACAAGAUUGUUUAUUAAGAAAUACAUAAGGUUAUAUAGUAUUAAUAAACUAGAAAUUUAAAAGUAUGAUAGAAGCUAUGAUUGAAUAAUUGAUGAUUGAUAUAGGCGUCGAAGAUGAAGAACAAUUAAGAAAAGUUAUUGAAAUAGGAUUGAAAAAUAAAAAACAUAAAAAAUAUUUUGAAUAAUUGCUAAUUGUUGAGAAUUUCUUAGUAUUUAAAAAGUUAAUGUUGAAAAGAAAUAAAGAAUUAGAAUAUGAAGCACUUAAGGAAUUAUAAAAAAUAGAUGUAAAGAUAUAAUUAACAAAAAGGGUGGAAAAAAUCCAGAUAUGGAAAUUAAAGUAAAAUAAGCUGAACUUGAAAAAGAAAGAAUGGAAAUUGAACAUGCUGUAGCAAUGUCUAUUGCUGUUGAAAAUGAAAAGGCUAAAAUUUAAAUAUAAGAAGAUGAAGAAUUUAUUGAAGCAAUAAAAUAAAGUUAGAUAUUAUACGAACAAUAAUAGUGUAUAUAUUUUUAUUUUUAUUUCAUUAGAUCAAAUUUUAUAAAGCUAAAUCUAAUAAUAAUAAUAAUAGGCUUAAGUUGUAAAUCAUUAAGUUCCUAUUUAAAAUUAAUAAGCAAUUCCUUAACCUGAUUAAAAGCCUGAAUCGAUUUUAAUUUUUGAUGAUGAAAUACCAAAAGAAAAAGAAGAAUCUUAAUCUAUUAGUUAAUAAUAAAUUAAAUAAAAUGAAAAAACAUAGCCUUAAUAAAUUAGAUAAAAAGAUCCUUUGCCAUAAAUAGUUUAAUAAAAAGUUGAAGUUAUGUCUUUAGCUUAAGAAAGAGAAGCUUUAUUAGCUUAAGGAAAUGAACUUAAGCAAAAUUUAAAAGAAUUUGUAAAUCUUAAUUUUUAAAACUAGGAAGAAACUUAUAAAUAAAAUAUGAAAAACCAAUAAGAUUAAGAAAGUUUAGAAUAAAGAAAGUAAAGAUUAUAAUAGCAGAGAGAAUUAAUUAAAUAAAAAAAGAUUAAGGAGAGAUAAGAUGAAUUGAAGAAAUAUUAAGAAGUACUAAAAUUGAAUCAUCAAUUUAGGGUGGAGAGUAGCAAGAAUAAAAACCUGAAUAAUAAGAAAAAGGACCAUUAGUUGUAGAUAUGGUAAAUUGAUAUUAUUAAAUAUUUGAUAGACAGACUUUAUAGUAGAUCAAAAGAGAGCUUAAGAAUUAGAAUUGAAGAAAUAGGAAUUAAAAAAGAGAGCAGAAUUAUUGAAGAAAAUUAAGUAAGAUGCAUUGAAAGAGUAAGGAUGA